AUGGCCAACCCUGGACAUAAUUAUUUUCGACAAAGAUUAAUCUUGGCAACUUUGAGUGGUAAAAUAGUUAAAAUAGAAAAGAUCCGACCAGAUCAUGAAGAUUUAGGAAUAAAAGAUUUUGAGGUGAGUUUUCUGAGAUUAUUAGAAAAGGCAACAAAUGGUUCAUCAAUCGAAAUCAGUUAUACAGGUACCUCUGUAUUGUAUAAACCAGGAGUGAUAACAGGCGGUAAAAUAUUUCAUGAGUGUAGUAAUACUCGUGCAAUAGGAUAUUAUUUGGAACAAAUCAUUGCUUUAGCACCUUUUGCAAAAAUACCAUUUGAUUUGACAUUAACAGGAAUAACAAAUGAUAAUAAUGAUAUUUCUAUUUCUAAACGUGGAUCGCCACCACUUGGAGGUGGAGAAGUAACAUUUAGAAGUCCAAUUGUAAGAGCAUUGAAACCAAUGCAAUUCAUAAACGAAGGUCGAAUAAAACGUAUACGAGGAAUUGCGUGUUGUACAAGGGUUUCACCUCAAAAUGCUAAUAGGAUGGCAGAAUCUGCAAGAUCAAUUCUAAAUAGAUAUAUUCCUGAUAUUUAUAUUUAUACUGAUGUUUACAAGGGUGAAGAAUCUGGAAAAUCACCAGGUUUUGCACUGUCGUUGGUUGCAGAAUCAACCACCGGAGCUCUAAUGUCAGCAGAACAAGCGGCAAAUCCCGGCGAAACACCAGAAGAUAUUGGACUUAGAACUGCAAAGCUUUUAUUAUCAGAAAUACUUUUAGGAGGAUGUGUUGAUUCAUAUAAUCAAUGGUUGGUGUUAUUGAUGAUGGUUUUAAGUCCUGAAGAUGUAUCUAAAGUCAAAUUGGGGAAAUUGACACCUUUCACAAUGCAGUAUCUUCGCGAUAUUAAGGAUUUUUUAAAUGUUUCAUUUAAAACCGUAUCUGAUUCUACGUCUAAUACAAUAACAUUGUCUUGUGUUGGUGUUGGAUAUGUUAAUUACAACAAAAAAACUUCUUGA